UGUUAAUAUAGUUUUUACCUACUGAUAUAAUUUGUUGCUGGAUCAUCUACUUUAUCUUUCUGAAACUAUUUAUUGGUACAUCAACUAAUCAUAAAAUACACUUGGAGAGAUUGAAUGUAAUAAAGUUGCCUAAAUCUCUAGGAAACUUGAUCCUUCCAUAAGAUUUUAGAACUUGUUUCUGAGAAAAACAUCCUGUGGACAAAGAAGAUGGACAUCUACAAUCUUACCACAGUGACUCAGUUCAUCCUCAUAGGGCUCUCUGACCUCCCUGAAGUGCGCUAUCCACUCUUUGUGGCCUUUGUCAUCAUCUAUCAGAUCACUUUACUGGGAAAUGGGCUCAUCCUCUUGGCCAUUGUGGCUGAGAAAAAGCUCCAGACUCCCAUGUAUUACCUGUUGGCAAAUCUGUCCUUGCUGGACAUAUGCUGCCCAUCAGCUACUGUCCCCAAGAUGCUCAAGAGUCUCUUGACUGAGGAUCACAGCAUUUCCUUUGUUGGGUGUGCUUUACAGCUCUAUUUCCUGGUGGCCCUAGCUGGGACUGAAGUCUUCUUGCUGGCUGUGAUGGCUUAUGACCGGUAUGUGGCUAUAUGCUUUCCUCUGCGUUACUCUCUCAUCAUGACCAAGGUUCGCUGUGUGCAGCUGUUGUUUGGGACUUGGUCAGCUGGGUUUCUGAACUCUUUUGUCCACACAAUGUCCACCUUUAGCCUGUCUUUCUGCAAUUCUAAUAGAGUUAACCAGUACUACUGUGAUAUUCCCCCUGUGGUGGCCCUGUCAUGCUCAUCCACCUAUAUGGCAGAAAUGCUUCUUUUAGUGAUAGCAAGUAUCUUUGGGGUUGGUGCUUUUCUGAUCACUUUGAUCUCCUACAUAUACAUAGCCUCCACCAUCCUAAAGAUCCGGUCAGCAGAAGGAAAGCGUAAAGCUUUCUCCACAUGUGCUUCCCAUCUUCUUGUAGUCUUCUUGUUCUAUGGCACAACUAUAUUUACCUAUAUGCGCCCAACCUCCAGUCAACACUCUCCUGGCAGAGACAGACUCAUCUCUAUGUUGUAUGGGGUCAUUACUCCCAUGUUAAACCCCAUUAUCUACAGCCUGAGAAACACAGAAGUCAAAGGAGCACUCAGAAAAGUUUUACGUCUUCGCAUAUGUUCACAGACAGCAUGA